UUCUGUUCCGAACCCGCUAAACCCUCACCGCUACGCCCGGAACCGGCAGCCAUGGGUAAGAGCGGAAAGAAGACGAAGGAGUCGCACCGGCAAGGCCGCGGCCGCCGUGGCUCGCAGCUCGGCGACGACGACUUGCCGUCGUCUGCCUACGACGAGCCGCCGCGCCGCCAGGAGGACUCGGACGGCGACGAUUCCGACGGAGCAGCAGCGGAGGACGAACACGACGGAGGCGCGGAAGCAGGCGACCGCCAGGGCCAGUGCCAAGUCGGCUCGACGCCUUCCAAGUUCCACCUGUACCAGCUUUCCGUGCAGUCGCCAAAAGGGGACAUCAGCUACCUGCAGAAGUUCUUUCUGAUGUAUGUAGGCGGACGCAUCCCUCUCCACCUGCAGGAGGAUUUCUGUGGCACGGCUCUCCUCAGUACUGAGUGGCUUCGCACUGAUACAAGGCGAACAGCAGUCGGCUUAGACUUUGACCGUGAGUCACUUGAGUGGUGUCUUGAGAACAACCUGAGCAAGAUUGGAGCUGAUGGGUAUUCGAGAUUGUUGCUUUUUGAUGGAAAUGUUCUGCAGCCAAAUGAAUCUCGCCUUGUCAAGCAAAAGGCCAGUGAUCUCGUGCAAGGUCUAAAUCUUACCAGUGAUGAUGGCUCUACUGAAACAAACAGCUGUGAGCAGUCAGAUUCGUCAUUUACGAAAUGUGCAGCCAAUUCGACCAUGUCAGAUGCAGUUUUGCCUGGAAGAGACAUAAUUUGUGCAUUCAACUACAGUUGUUGUUGCCUCCACAAGAGAAAGGAAUUGGUUUUGUAUUUCAGGCAUGCUUUCAAUGCACUUUCUAAAAGAGGUGGUAUAUUUGUAAUGGAUGUAUAUGGCGGCACAUCAUCUGAAUGCAAGCUUCGUCUCCAGAGGAGAUUCCCCAGCUUUACUUAUUUCUGGGAGCAAGAAGAGUUUGAUAUCAUAACUCGCGAAACAAGGAUCAGCCUCCACUUUCAAGUUGGAAAGAAGCAAAUGAUACGGCAUGCUUUCACGUACCAUUGGCGCCUGUGGUCGAUACCAGAAAUCAAGGAUUGCCUGGAGGAAGCUGGAUUCAAGUCCAUCCACGUCUGGGUCAGGGAGAUGCCAGACACCAAAUCAAGCGGAAACGCCAAGGAGUACACCGCGGACCGCGACGUGAAGUACGAAGAGCUCCAGCGUUUCAACCAGGCAGAUGCUUGGAACGCGUACGUAGUCGGGGUAGCAAACAUCUAGUAGAUGAAAUCGCAUUGCAACCUGAAGUAUCCAAAGGAUGUUUUCGAUGACAGUUCUGAACUACUUUCUGUAAUAAAAGCAUCCGUUUUGGCCCCUCGCAAUUUUGCGGAAAAGUGAUGGUGAUUCGGCA